GCCCCGCCCCGCCCGCCGGGGUCCUCGGAGCGCUCGGGCUGCGCGCGGAGCGGGCUCGGGAGGGAAGUCCCGAGACAAAGGGAGCGCCGCCGCCGCCGCCGCCGCCGCUUCCUCCUCCUCCUCGUCCGCCUCGCUCGCCGGGCCGCGGCCGCCCGAGGGACUUUGAACAUGUCGGGGAUCGCCCUCAGCAGACUGGCCCAGGAGAGGAAAGCCUGGAGAAAGGACCACCCGUUUGGCUUUGUGGCUGUCCCAACAAAAAACCCCGAUGGCACGAUGAACCUCAUGAACUGGGAGUGCGCCAUUCCCGGGAAGAAAGGGACCCCAUGGGAAGGAGGCUUGUUUAAACUGCGCAUGCUUUUCAAGGACGACUACCCAUCCUCACCCCCAAAAUGCAAAUUUGAACCACCGCUGUUUCACCCGAACGUGUACCCUUCGGGCACAGUGUGCCUGUCCAUCCUCGAGGAGGACAAGGACUGGAGGCCGGCCAUCACGAUCAAGCAGAUCUUGUUAGGAAUACAGGAACUUCUAAAUGAACCAAAUAUCCAGGACCCAGCUCAAGCAGAGGCCUACACGAUUUACUGCCAAAACAGAGUGGAGUAUGAGAAGAGGGUUCGAGCACAGGCCAAGAAGUUUGCACCUUCAUAAGCGGCGACCGCGUGGCAGCGUAAGAAGGAAGGGAUUGGUCUGGCAAGAACUUGUUUACAACAUUUUUGCAAACCUAACGUUGCUCUGUUCAAUUACUAGUCGCCUGGGGAGGGUUGGGCGGGCGCCACUUUCCAUUUCCGCCACCGGUACACAGUCCUCGACUCGCUGAAUUGCCCGGUUUUUCAUACAGGGUCUCUUCCUUCAGUCUUUUGUAUUUUUGAUUGUUAUGUAAAACUUGCUUUUAUUUUAAUAUUGAUGUCAGUAUUUCAACUGCUGUAAAAUUAUAAACUUUUAUACUUCGAUGAGCCCCGAGGAGCUAGUUUCCUAGUUUCCUUUGCUCGCGGAUGCAGGCAUGCUUCCCACAAUGUAGAGCUACGCCCGGCCUCAGCUGGCCUCCCUCCCGCCUCGGUCUCCGCGCACCCUGGGUUGUGUUGCUUACGAGCCUCAGAUCCAAAGUCAGCCGGCGUCUCGUUCCCGCAUCACUUCCUUUGUGUCUAUAUGGCGUUUUGUCUGUGUUGCUGUUUAGAGUAAAUAAACUGUUUAUAUAAAGGUU